GGGAGGAGGAAGAGGAUGCGAGGGGCUGCGGGCGGCGGCAAGGCCCUGUCCGCAGUAGAGCCCGCGGCGCCCAGGGUGCAGGGAGUGGCCGUCGCCUCCUACGCUCACCAUUCCUGAGAUGGCGGCAGCGGCGGUGCGGCGGCGGCGGCUCGCGGAGCCGAGGAGGGGCUGGCCAGGCGCGGGCUGAGCCCCGCCGGCCCGGGAGUUCGCCCGGGAUCCGCACGGCAGCGAAGCCCGGGCUGGCGGCCUGCGGGUGCUGCGAGGCCGGGGGCGGCCCCGGAGCGGAACGCACGGCCUUGGAGAGGCCGCGAUGGCGAACGCCAGCGAACCGGGAGGCGGCGGCGGGGAGGCGGCCGCCCUGGGCCUCAAGCUAGCCACGCUCAGCCUCCUCCUGUGCGUGAGCCUGGCGGGCAACGUACUGUUCGCGCUACUCAUCGUGCGGGAGCGCAGCCUGCACCGCGCCCCGUACUACCUGCUGCUCGACCUGUGCCUGGCCGACGGGCUGCGCGCGCUCGCCUGCCUCCCGGCCGUCAUGCUGGCUGCACGGCGCGCCGCGGCCGCCGCUGGGGCGCCGCCGGGCGCGCUCGGCUGCAAGCUGCUCGCCUUCCUGGCCGCGCUCUUCUGCUUUCACGCCGCCUUCUUGCUGCUCGGCGUGGGCGUCACCCGCUACCUGGCCAUUGCGCACCACCGCUUCUACGCGGAGCGCCUGGCCGGGUGGCCGUGCGCCGCCAUGCUAGUGUGCGCCGCCUGGGCGCUGGCGCUGGCCGCGGCCUUCCCGCCGGUGCUGGACGGCGGCGGUGGCGACGAUGAGGACGCGCCCUGCGCCCUGGAGCAGCGGCCCGACGGCGCCCCCGGCGCGCUCGGUUUCCUGCUGCUGUUGGCCGUGGUAGUGGGCGCCACGCACCUCGUCUACCUCCGGCUGCUCUUUUUCAUCCACGACCGCCGCAAGAUGCGGCCAGCGCGCCUCGUGCCAGCCGUCAGCCACGACUGGACCUUCCACGGCCCCGGCGCCACAGGCCAGGCGGCCGCCAACUGGACGGCGGGCUUUGGCCGUGGGCCCACGCCGCCCGCGCUUGUCGGCAUCCGGCCCGCGGGGCCUGGCCGCGGCACGCGCCGCCUCCUCGUGCUCGAGGAGUUCAAGACGGAGAAGAGGCUGUGCAAGAUGUUCUACGCCGUCACGCUGCUCUUCCUGCUCCUCUGGGGGCCCUACGUCGUGGCCAGCUACCUGCGGGUCUUGGUGCGGCCCGGCGCGGUACCCCAGGCCUACCUGACGGCCUCCGUGUGGCUGACCUUCGCGCAAGCUGGCAUCAACCCCGUCGUGUGCUUCCUCUUCAACCGGGAGCUGAGGGACUGCUUCAGGGCACAGUUCCCCUGCUGCCAGAGCCCCCAGACUACCCAGGGGACCCUCCCCUGCGACCUGAAAGGCAUUGGCUUAUGAGGGAGUCCCCUGCCACACAUCCCCCCAACCCAGCCUUUCCCUUUGGUUAGGACAGUGACGUCGUUUCUCCCCUUUUUAAGUUUCUAAGCUGCCUUCAAAUGACUCUUGAAGUGGAUAAGCACUUGGAUUGUACAGACUCAUUUUUUUGGGUGGGGGAUGGGUUUCUAUGUUCCGACCCCACUCCAGUUCCGUGCAUUCGUCCUCCUAAAUAUAUUUUCAUCCUGACCAGAAUCCCUGCAGUCUUUUUGUACUGGCACUGAUGUCUUUUAUUCCAUGUGUUAUUCCUUUUAUUUAUUUUUUUAAAUAAGCUGCAGUUAUUUUCUUCAUACAACGUUUCCUAAAGACCAUGGCCAGUUUUCUACAGAAGCUAUUUUUGACAACCUCAAGUGGCAUUACACUUUGCAGUGAAGUAUAGGAACCUAGGGAGACUUCACAAGUUAAUUUCUUGAGGGUGUUCUGUUGGAAGCAGGAAAAAGGGCAACGAUGACGACAACAAAACGUCUUAAUUUCCCUCUGAAUUGCCUGUUGUGGGGUCAGUUGUGCUGCUACCGGUUCUUUGGAAGUGUGGAGAACUUUGUGCUGUGUUGAUAUUGAACUUAAAGAGCAGAAAUGGGAGGCCGUAGCAAGGUAGUCAUUUUUUUAAGCAGUAAAAAUGACUUGUUUCCUACGUUACUGAAUACACCACUAGAAAAUACAUUUUAACGUCAACUGCUCUCUGUAUUAUAUCAAUCUUGAGUGGAAACAUUUCUGUAAAAUUGCAACUUUUAAAAGAGUAAAAAGUGUUUUGGUUAAUAAUGGUGUGGAGAAAAUACAGUAUUGCAUGUUUUUGUACGUACUGAUCGUGGUUCACAGAUCUGGAGGGCUCCAAGAUGCAGAGUAUUAAAUCAAAUUUGCUUUAGGUAUUUUUUGCCAAUAAAAAUUAAAAUAAUUUCAUGGAAACAGCUUGUGCUUUGAAAAGCCCAGUUUUACUCUGUCUUAUGAAACUAGUUUCCAUUUUGAAAAGUGUUCUGUUGCUCAUGGUAUAAAUGAAUGGAAUAUAAUGAUACCCUACUUUUAGGAGAUAAAGCAUUUCCUUAAAAUGUUUGCUAGGUUAAGGUAUACUGUUCUGAUGGUUAUUUUAAAUUGAUGAGAACUAUAAUUUUAAAUAAUGUUUCUUUGUUAGACACAUUGUAAUCUUAAACUGAAAGAAUAAAUUCUGCAAGUACUGUAUAAUAUUUUUUGCUUAUAAUGCUACAUUUUUAUUAAUGUACCUUCUGUUUU